UAUAUAUACCCCCAGUCUGCAACAGAUCCAAUUGACCAUUCUAAAGAAAAAUCAAAUCCAUCUCCAGGUCGAAGGCCUAUUCCUGUGAAUACCCUUUUGACGGCUGACCCGAUUUCGAUGCUCCUUGGCCGUUGAGGAGCUCCACAGACAUCGUCGUUUUUCAUUUUUGUUUUAUUUUUUACCGCAAAUCAGCCAGGGAGGCUCAUCUGAAAGCUAUGAGUACGGGGUUAAGGAAAUCCCCUUCAAAUGGAUGUGGGAAAACUUCAACGUCCGAAGAGCAUGUGGAAAAGAUUAAUGAGGUGAGAAGGUUGAUAGGACCAUUGUCAGAGAAGUUGUCUAGUUACUGCUCUGAUGCAUCAAUAUCAAGGUAUUUAAGAGCACGAAACUGGAAUGUCAAGAAGGCAACCAAAAUGCUGAAAGAAACCUUGAAAUGGAGACUGGAAUACAAGCCAGAUGAGAUUCAUUGGGAAGAAGUUGCCCAUGAAGCAGAGACGGGGAAAAUCUACAGAUCAAAUUAUGUUGACAAGCAUGGGAGAACAGUUCUUAUCAUGAGACCUAGCUGCCAGAACUCAAAGUCAACCAAAGGGCAAAUUAGGUAUUUGGUGUAUUGCAUGGAGAAUGCUAUUUUAAAUCUUCCACCUGAGCAAGAACAGAUGAUCUGGCUGAUUGAUUUCCACGGUUUCAGUUUAUCAAAUAUUUCAGUGAAGGUGACACGAGAAACAGCCCAUGUUUUACAAGAUCAUUAUCCAGAGCGGCUAGGUUUAGCAAUAUUAUACAACCCACCCAAGUUCUUUGAGCCAUUUUGGACGGUAGUAAAGCCUUUUCUAGAGCCCAAGACCUGCAACAAAGUGAAGUUUGUUUAUUCCAAUGACCUCAACACAAAGAGGAUACUGGAGGGCCUAUUUGAUAUGGAACAGCUCGAGUCUGCGUUUGGUGGGAAUGAUAGUAUAGGUUUUGACAUUAAGAAAUAUGCUGACAGAAUGAGAGAAGAUGACAAGAGGAUGCCUUCCUUUUGGAGGAGAGAAAAUCCUCCAGCUGCCAUGGAAGUAGCCCCGGCGACUGCUGUCCCCACCUCCUUGAAUCCCAUUAAUUUAGAGUUGGAUUCUGAUGAUUCUGAUGGAGAGAAAGCUGAGACAUCUCACAAGGCGGAUUCAGAAGUCUCCCAGGAUGACAGUGUACCUGUGAUCAAUGAAAGCCGGAAUGGCAUCAGAAAUUUACACUGGGACAAAGGAACCACAGGCUCGUAGGCUGAACUUUGUGACAGUAUGGUGACAAGUGUAUGGAUUUAAACUUGCUGACUGCCUGACAUUUUAGUUGGAAGAUCAAAAUCAAGAGUUUUAUCUUUAAAUCAUUUGUUUGAAUUGCCUAGUGAAACAGAAAAUGAGAAGAUGUUGACUUGUGGUUUAAAGAAAACGGAUGUUGUGGAGAGUGAAACAAAACAUGCAAUGCGGAUCACCUAUAAGAUACAAUAAACCUUCCCCCACUAUAUAGUUAACACUUGAUAUAGCUCUAUAAAUUAUUUUCAAGAUGUGUACUGCCAAAUAUAAACAAGUUCUUUCGAUUGCAUUACCCUCCUUGUGUUCCCCGUGUGGGCGAUAUAUCUAUGGUCUUGUCAUUACAUAAGAGUCGAAAUGAGUAUUAAGUAAUAAACUUACUGUUUCUGA